CAUGUGACGCCGGAUUCGUCUGCGUCCUCUUCUGCUCGCGCGCCGCCAUUGAGAAAUUAGAAUGGGAAAGCGUCCUCUUUUAUCAGAUGGGAUUCUUCCGCGAGGGUGCCCAUGCCUUUUCACCAAGGGAUUCUUCCGCGAGGGCGUCGGAUAGCAUGCCGCGAGGGUGUCUUCUCCUCUGAUGUUUCGUACUCUGCCCUCGGGGCCUGCUCCAUUGCCGUCUGCUUCCUUCCCUGCUAGGCUGCCUUCAGUUCGGCCUACCUCUUCGCCUGGUGUGCUGUAGAUUCUGCCCUUCAGGCAGUACUGAUGCUGGAUGUGCCGUUUAUGUUCGGCCCGUCUGUUCUUCUCUGACAGGCUACCCGACGCCGUCUGUGCUUCCUUCGCCCUUUGUCGAUGCUACAGCUGCGUUUUCAAAUCCCCGUAAAAGAAUGAUCAUUCAUACUUUUCAGAGAAAAAGAGCUAGAGUUCCUCUCCAUGGACCGCCUUUUUCUGAAAAGCGUAUUGCUUGCUUAAAGCCCUCUCACCUGGGUGCUCCUACUAUGGUGCUCCUGCGUACAAGUGUGAGAAGUGUGGUGCCUUAUUCUGGUAUCUUGAGCGAUGUAAAAGAUCUUAUGUCACGCCUGCCAGUCUUCUCUGGUUGUUGCCUUCGUGGGAAAGUGUCAUUGCCUCGAUUUAACGAUUGGCCUUCUCCUCUGAAGGAGUUGUUUUCUCUCAGUUGUGGCCAUGCUUCUACUCACUUCUACCGCCUUAUUAGGCAUUAUAAUUCCUUGUUUGCUUUUAAAUCGAUUGGCGUUAAUGUUGAUAGAACUGUUAAUUCUGGAGGUGCUCCGUAUAUUUUCAAGAUGUGUGGUUAUGCUUAUCAUCGGAUUGGAUCACUUUUGCCAAGUGGCACCAAUCCGCCAAAAUUUGCACAGCUCUACAUGGUUGACUCUGCCGAUGAACUGCAGCAGAGGCUCGACCUAUUUGGGCAGGAGGAUGCUGCUAAGGGCGGAUGUAGCGAAUCAGCUGAUCCACUUAUCGUCAGAGAACUUACUGAUAUGCUUAAUCACCAUAAUCAUCUUGUUGAGCAGUUCAGGUUUGCUCGCCGGAGAUUACAGCCCUCUGUGUCUCCAAAUGUUGUCAUCAGGUCUUUUGGUGAUGAAGGUGGAUCACAUGUGGCCCGUUUUUCUGGACCAACGGCCUGUGAGAUCGCUGCUCUAAUUGUGGGUGAUUUGACGCCUGAGGUUAAUCGCUUCGACGUUGUUGUCGAGACUAACUCGCAUGAGCUCAAGUGUGUGUCUUCUUUAAAUCCUUCUCUUAUGGCUCUGCAAUAUCCACUUCUUUUUCCACAUACGGACAAGGGAUUUUAUUUGGGAAUUAAAUAUGGCAACCGAUCUUCUUCGUCUGGUCGUACGGCGUACUGCCAUGUGUAUGCAGCUUCUUCUUCUUCUGCUACGGCAGAUGUGCCUUCUACUUCUUCUCAGGAUGAGGUGUUUAUGAUGGAGUAUUAUUCCUAUUAUUUCCAUUAUUGGCAGAAUGAACCUAAUCCAUACACAUGUUGUGGCUGUCUGAGCCAGCAAAUUAUUGUAACUGCUUACUCGUGUUUCGAGGCCAGCGGAUGA